UCGUGUUUAUCUAUUCUAGUCAUGUCAUUAACUUCAUAAAUUUAGAUUAGACGAUUACAUGAAUUACAGUUGUAGUCUGUAGUUAUUAGUUGUGUAUGUGAAAUCUUGUAAAUAUCAUCAACAUUAAACUUAAUUAUUAUAAUAAUAGUUCUUAAAGAAUUAUGGUGGUCCAUUUUUCAUUACUAUUAUUUUUGAAUUGAUAAUUAAAAUAACUUAUGUUUUUAAGUUCAAUAUUGUUUCUAAAUUUUGACGUUCAUAAUUUUAAUAAACGUCCGUUAUUUAAUUUUUUAGUAAAUUACUUUUAUUUCAUAUUCAUUAAAUUGUGUUCUUAAAAUUUUCUAAAUCAGAUAUCAUUUUUUGAAAUAUUAAAGUAGAACCACUACAUAAGUUGGUAUAUUAAGAGGAUAGAUUGAUUGAAUUUAUGUCCAUGUCUAUGAAUGCUGGCAGCAACAGAAGACACGGCAUGAUAUCCAAAUCUUUGCAGGAUUUACCGGAAGCAAGUACUAGCUCGGCUGCACCGACUCGUAAAAAGCGGACGGCCAGAUUUUCGCUUCGGAGGUUUUUGUACUCAAACGCAUUUUUGGCGAGGCAUUUAGGGAGCUCACAGAAUGGCAAACGACGAACUAUUAUCGCAGGAGGACCUAGCGUAGCAGACGUCACUGACUUUGAAAAAGCGCCUCUAGGUUUUGGUGGUCAAAACUAUGUAGAUCCAAAAAAAACUUCCCAAAAUUCAAUUGUCGUUAAGAAUGGAACGACGCCCGCUGACGGCUUGCUGGAGUGUCCUUUGUGUCUAGUUAAAUUCGAUGAAACUAAAUUUGCAAAAUUGUCAACGUGUAAUCAUCGAUCCUGUUUUGAUUGUUUUCAACAAUAUUUGCGUAUAGAAAUAUGCGAAUCUCGUGUUAAUAUCACUUGUCCCGAAUGUUUAGAAGCUAUGCAUCCAAAUGAUAUUCAAAGUGUUCUAAAUAAUCAAGCACUUUAUGAUAAAUAUGAAGACUUUAUGGUUCGGCGAGUUUUGGCUGUUGAUCCUGAUACUAGAUAUUGCCCAUCUCCUGAUUGCAGUUACGCAGUAAUAGCUUCUGGUUGUGCUAGCUGUCCAAAGAUAAAAUGUGAACGCCCUGGUUGCGAUUCAUAUUUUUGUUACCAUUGUAAAGCCGCUUGGCAUCCUAAUCAAACCUGUGAUUCAGCAAGAGCAAAGCGCUCAUCUAAUAUGAGAACUUCUUCCAUAGCUUUUAGUAUUGAUUCUCAAUCACGAGAAGAUAUUAAGCCAUGUCCUCGUUGUCAAGUACUAAUUGUUAAAAUGGAUGAUGGUUCAUGUAACCAUAUGACUUGUGCCGUUUGUGGUGCUGAGUUUUGUUGGUUAUGUAUGAAAGUAGUUAGUGAUUUACACUACUUGAGCCCAUCUGGUUGUACUUUUUGGGGUAAAAAGCCAUGGUCUCGCAAAAAAAAGCUGUUAUGGCAAUUAGGUACUUUAAUUGGUGCUCCAGCUGGCAUUGGUUUGAUAGCUGGAAUUGCAAUACCUGCUAUAAUUAUAGGUGUUCCUGUUUGGACUGGACGUAAAAUGUAUACUCGAUAUAAACUUUCAAGUAGACUGAAACGUAAUUUUGCAAUUGUUGGAGGCGUAUUAGCUGCAUUAGUUGCUGCUCCAGUUAUGGCUAGUCUUGCUGUUGGAAUUGGUGUACCAAUACUAUUAUUCUAUGUAUAUGGUGUUGUACCAGUUUCAUUAUGUCGUUCUGGUGGUUGUGGUGUCACAACAUCAGCCAGUGGAGUACAUUUUGAUUUUGAUGAAGAUCACAAUACACUCAAAAACGUGAAUGCAGAUUAUUUUACUAGUGCAGAUGGUGAUACCAUAAGUCAUGGAGCUGAAAUUGGCAACCCUUCAAUUGGUGAACCAUCUUUUUGGAAUGAUUGGGAUGGUGAAACUGUUCUUGGUAGAGAUGCCGAUAGAGAAUCAGCAAGUACUGUUGCUUUAGCUGGAAGUUUAUUAGCCCAAAAAGUUGAUACUAGUGAGACAGAGUCAAUGCGAUCUGGUCAGAAAACUUCGACUGAUGGUAUUGAAGAAACACAGUCACAGUCACAUUCACAUCAACCUCACAACCUAUCUUUAAGUUCAUUAGAAGAAUUAACUGCUGGUUUAAUGCGACGAGUUCUUGGUAAUACUGAAGACAUUGAUAUGUCAACCUCAACUACAAAAUCGCGUCCUACUACAAAUGAAGUGCGGUUUGGUAAUACUGUUAGCAUAAUCAAUCCAUCUGUAUCAGAUGGACGUCAAAACUUUUUACUCAGAGGCUUCGUUCGAAAUUUACUAUGUAGAACUCCUACAGAAAUGACAGCAAGCUCAUAAUUACAAUUGUAAAAAUUAGCAAUAUGGUACUUCAUUAAAAUAUGUCAAGAGUUAUUAUCUCACAUUUAAACUGUUUUUUAUCUUUUUGUUUUGUGUAAUACAAUACUUUUAAUAAAUAUGUGUAUGUAUAUUUUAUAUACAAAUAUAAUAUUUAUAGGAUACUUAUGUUUAUACAAACUAACUUUUUCCUUUAAAGCGACUGUGAUUACUGGGGUUAUUUUUAGUUAUAAAGUUAUGUUAUAAUUGAUAUACUGCUUUUUAAUGUACCAUAAUAAAACACAAUUAUUAAUUUUAUAUGUUUUUACUUAGUAAAAAAAUUAUGAAUUUAUUCAAAAAAAAUUAAACAUUUUUAAUAUUGUUUAAAUUUAUUUAUGUUAAAAUUAAUGUACUGGCAUUAACAUUUGUACAAUAAAUAAUUUAAGAAACCAAAAAAUAUUAAUUAAUAAUUAAAUUGUGAUGUUUAUUACCCCAAUUUUAAUUAAGUAUAGUUUAAGUGUAUCUAACUGUAAAACCAAUAUCUUAAAUCCUAAUUUCAAAUGAACUUUUGUGUAUAUAAUAUUAGAAAAGGCUCGCAGUUCAUAAAAAAUAAACUGCCAAAACUUAUGCUUGCAUAAUA